UGAAUAUGACAAUCUUCAAUAAACCAAAAUUUACUAUAAAAGUUUUUUUGACCGUUUCAUUCUUCUCUCCAAACACAACAAAAUCUUCAACCACAUCAACUCUACGUCAACAUCGUCCAAACAAACAACAAAACAACGCUUCAUGCUCUUCCGCCUACUUCAUCCAAUGGACCACAACACCGGACCUUUGGCAAGGAAGUCGACAACGCUUUGUGCUCUGCUGCUGGUAUCCAUCGCCGCGCUCCUGCUGCUUGCAGUUCCUGGACAGGCCAACGGUGAGGAAGUCGGAGUUGCCAAUCACACCAAGGAUGGAAGCAGUGUAACGCUCGAAUUAGACAGCAAGCUGGCCAGCGAUGACUUGAAAUAUGCCGAGUACGUGAAGCGUUUUCCCACUGUCUGUAAUUUUUUGAUCACCAAGGAACACAUUAAGCUUCUAUACGAAGGCAAAGGGUGCACUGUGGAAUUGAUCGCUAAAAAGAAAGUGGAAAUGAUCAAAUUCACGACUGGAUACGUUAAAGAUGGCUGUAACCUGGAGUGCGACGACGGUGAAGACAGAUUAAAGGGACUUUCAAAUCUCCUGCCAUUCGCCUACAGCAAAAGCAAAAAGGACAUCAAAAAUUACACCAAUGGUCCAUUCUACGAUGGUAAUACCGAGUGCGAUACAGUAAGAUGUGUGGGGGGCAAGUGCAUGAAGGAUACAUUUCUUGAAGUCUCAUGGAGGAAAUGUGGUGGUGAUGUAUCCGCUAAAACCCAUUUAAUUGGUGAAGUUGUAUCAGCUUCUUCAAGCUUGGAUCAAGUGGAAGAAGAACAAGGUGGUGAUAAGACGGAAUUCAAUCUGGAGAUAUAUGCUAAUAACAGCUUCAAAAUGUUGUUUAACGAAAACAUGAAAAAAUCUUUAGUGGCAAACAAGAUUAACUGCACUCCAAAAAACAAGAGGGCCAUUGUCGAACCAUCAUCAUGGGAAAUCAAAAAUGGAGUUGGAGACCUGCAAGGCAAACAUCUGCUCGUAUUCCAUCUACUUCCACAAAAUGCUACACGAUUGCACGACGAAGGCAAAUCCAUGAAUUCUACGAGAGUCAGACCAAAAUGUGAUCUCUUCAUUCGCUUUAACAGAACAGACGAUGGCUACGAGUUUCUUCGGGUCGACCCUCAAACAACGACUACAAGCACAACUACAACAACACCCAAACCAACACCAAGUCCCAAACCACAACCUACUGUCAAGGCAACUCAAACUCCACCAGAGCAAAAGACUACACAAAAAGUUCAAGAAGUAGCGGCCACCGAAGGAGGAAGCAGUGCCUGGAUUUGGAUCUUUGUGAUUUUUGUGGUGAUUGCUGUAAUUGGCGGCGCUGUCGGGUUUUACUUCUACCGAAAAAAUCAAAAGAUAAAAGAAGAGGACGAGAAAGAGAGAGCCUUUUGGUCCAACUUUGGAGACGAAAAGAGGAUUGCUGAUGAAAACAUGACCCGUUCUAAAGCAAAAAUUCCUUCCUUGGAAGAUCAAUUCGUCAAGGAGAUUUUUGACAGGAUGAAGAAGGAGGAUGAGGACAAUGCGGCAAAAAACUAUAAUAUUCUCUUCAAAUGCUAUCUGCCAGACUUGAAGGAAAAAGGCUUCAAAACUGUUGGCACAUACAGGGAAUGGAAGAAAACGGGUGACACAACUCCGAGGGACUCAGCUUCGAAGAAGGAAUCGACUCCAAAGGACCCGGCCCAGAAGGAGGAAUCGGCACCGAAAAAGGAAGUAGACCCGAAGGAAUCGACUCCUAAAGACCCGGCACCGGAGAAGUCAGACGCUGUGAAGAGCAAACAGGCAGGCACGACAUCGGAUAUUCCAACGGAUAUGAUGUCGGAGGCUAAAGAGACGGACCAGUAA